ACAUAUCUCUCUUCUCACAGAGCCGGAGAGUGAGAGAAGAAAUGAGGAGAAGAGAAAUCGAAGCACCAAAUCUAACGGUUCAGAAUCAAAUCACCAAAUCUAACGGUCAAUAGGACUGAGCUAAAAAAUGUGUUAAAAAACUUUUUUGUUCGAAAGUGUUAAAAAAGUUGAUUGAGGAAGCAAAGACAUUUAAGACAUCAAAGAAUUUCGACCUGAAACCUGAAAACUUUCUCUCCUCAAUCACGUAUGCUUCUUAUGCGGCAUCUAUUGUAAAGGAAUCCUGAGAGAGAUGCAGAAAUUGGGUGAAUUCAAGCUUCCCCACUUUUUCAACUACCCUCCAUAUUUCACUUUGCAGCCAGUGAGGGAGGCUCGUGAGAAACAGGUACAACUUUGGAAAGAACUGAUUCUAGAUUACUGCAGAACUCAGAAGAUAUUCGUAAUUGGGCUCGAGGAAGAAUUUCCGUUGUUCUCAAAUUCUGUGAUUGAACGCACUCUCAGUCACGAAGCCAGGGAAGCAUUCCUCUCAGCUUUGGUUUCAGAAGGACACGCUGAAUGGUUGGAUAAAGGACAUAGGAAAUGCCUAAUCCUUUGGCACCGAAUUCAAGAUUGGGCUGAAAUCAUUUUGAAUUUUGUGAAAGAUAAUGGCUUUGAACACAGUGUUAUGACUGUUGAGGAAAUACGUUCAGGGAUAGAAUCUCGAGGAACAGAGCUUCAUGGGAUAGACCGCAUGAUUCUAAUGCGAGCUUUGAAAUUACUGCAACAGAAGGGGAAGCUUGCAAUUUUUAAGGGAACUUCAGCUGAUGAUGAAGGUGUGAAAUUCUCUGUAUAAUGUUUUAACUAGUUGGCAUUCAAAGGCAGCCUAUUGAGUAUGGCAGGCGAGGCAAGGCAACCUAUUGAUCAUCACAACUUUAAUCAUAACCCAGCAUUGUGUUGGUAACUGAUAUCUCGAAAUGAAAAACAGAAGCAGUGAAAUAUGUUGAAAGCCAAACCUGAUUGGAAUGUUUUUUCAACUUUUACCCUGGAGCUAUUAUUGUUUCUUUUUUUUUUUUUUUUUUCU